CUAUCAUACGUUUCUCGUUGCUUUUGUCGCAGUGGCUGCUCCGCUUGCCCAUGCUCUCUGGAGUUAGCAUAGCCACUCCGAAGGCUACCCUCAUUCAGCCUUGACAGAUCUUGAACCAAUAACGGCUAAUAUUAACACACAACUCCCUCAGCCUCGUUGCCUUGCGCCUUUUCCCCACCGCUAUAAUAAUGCUGAGGCACAAACUGUUGCCUUGAACACGUUUGGGAUUGCGUUUCUGUCUUUCCCAUCAUGAAUCUCCCCCAGAUAAGAGCUUCGAUUAUCUCUCCCACUGCUGAGUCUCAUGUAGCGCUGGCAGGAUUCCACAUCGACUUUUCACUUAUAAAAGUGCAAGCACCGAGCGAAUAUCGUGAUAUUGGACGGCUCCUGUCACCACGACGCAAGACUGAGGCCGACGAGGGCCAGUCCCACCUCACAGCCGCCCAGCUUGGCUUGCUUUUUGAGGGCCUGGUCCCCAAAGUACCAGAUCUUAUUCGAGCUUACGGCUUGCGAUGUAGCGAAGUUGCCAAGUCUCCCACCUUCAACCCGAAAGGCACUGCCCAGCAUGGCCUCUUUGCAAACGAAGUCGGUGCAGACGGCACUGCAAUAUGGGCGGCCGCAACUUCGAGCCCCUCUGCAAUCGCUGUGCAUCUCCUUGCGUGCAUGCUCUCACGGAUGUGGGAUCCACCCGCAGCUAUCUCGAUUUGGAUGCAAUUGAUAGCUGAACGCAAGCAGGCUAUGGCAACAUCAGGAAAUCCAGUGGAGUAUGCUAUAUCGAGCAACAUCUGCUUAACGCGAGAACAAGUCGCAAGUUGGCACACGAGCGCUCACGCAUGGAGACUCACAGCUGACCAAGCGAAUGCACGUCGGCAUCAUCAAUUUCUUGUGAUCACUAAGAAUCUGGGAAUUCCUGUCAACAACAAGCUGCAUGUUAGCGACAGUGUACUGGAUGCUUGGAGGACAUCAAUGGUCACGGUCGAUAAACUGAUCGCAGGACAUCCUCAAAGCAUCCAAACUGGUGCACCCCUGGUUGGACUUGCCUCUUGGCACUUGUACCCAAAUAUGGUAGUCUUUGGGCAAGGUAAAGAGCCUAAGCCUACAGAGAUAUUUCAAAACGAUCUACUUGUACAACCUAGUGGUAUCAUCACACUCGGAAUCCAGGACACGAGGCGGUCAGGUGAUGGCAUCUACUGGUCUCUCCCAUUAGCCCAUCUUCGAUACUAUGGACAGCCAAUCCAGACUGAGGCACAGUUGUCUUUACAAACGGCGAGGGGUUCUAUCGAUGAUUUAGUCCAUGUGGCUCUCGGGAGCUUGAUUCGUCGAUGGUGCGCUAGCGAAGAUGACAUAGAGCUCGCACUGAAACUUCUUGUGCGCCUCGAUGGAUUCCUUGACAUCCCGGAACAUAUGGGAGGAGAGGGGACCUGGCUAUCCUUGAUGGCAUCUGAAGCAAAAUCCUUCCUCGAUGCUUCGCUCAACAUCAAAGCUGAAAUACUGCAACUUAUCAAAUGUGGCCGAAGAAGAUUCCCGACGUUCAUUGACGAUCCCAGGACAGAUGCUAUUUUCGGUCUAUCUCAUCCUAGUGUCUUCCUGAAAUUACUACCUGGAAACGCGGCGCGGGUGAACUUUUUACGGAAAGUCGCUGAGGAUUUCAGCGAUCGCCGCUUUUUAAUGAUUAUCCAGUGCAGGUCUGGGGAUUCUAACUCGAAAUGGGAGCUCUCCUCGGUGGAAAGGUUGCGCAGCAGAACGAAGAGAAUAUGGGAGGAUGAAUCUAGCUCGGUCGGGGCGGACGCCCCACGAAGGUACUUUCGAUGGUUGAGUAAGUUCCACGUAGAUUAUUCCCAUUUCGAACACCAGCCGGAUUCAGAUUCAAUUCGGCUUGAUGUUCCUAUUCCGUCAUUUUGGGCGCCGCACGGGUCUCAUUGGCAACAUGCUCCCCGAUCUUUUUAUGGGAAGAUACUCGAAGAAGAAUGUGCCGAUAUUGGUUGGCAGGAUGCUAAAGAUGCAAGUGUUCAGAGCCUUCUAGCUUUUGGAGACCCCGAUGUUGCGGCGUUGUACUGCAUUAACAUCAGAUACUGGACAUCCAUUUCGCCAAACGACCGACCACAAGUCGUAAGUCGAUCCCAGUAUCGACCUCUUCCGAACAUUUGCAUUCUUCGACAUAUACUGUGGGCGCUGGAAGAGAAGCUUCCUAGCAAGGCGGCACUGCCUUCUAGAGAGGCUCUCUAUGCACAUCUUUCGGAAGGGAGAUAUACGACAAAUGACCUCCUAGACGAAGAUGAGCGACCAGUGUUGACAGCUUUGAGAGGCCUAGUUACCGUUUCCAAACUCUACAAGGGUCUCACCAACGCAACCGUCGAUCUUAGGGUUGCCGAUCGUCCACUUUCUAAGCACCAGUGGAUCCCUCGAGGCUCACAGAGCCUACGUACUGAGCCUUUCGGAACUUACCCACUCACCCGCGAGCAAUCCCUUGCGUGUAUUGCUAGGUUUGAGUCCGGUAAUUUCAAUUUCCAUCCUUCAGCUAUGAACGGUGUUCUAGCAAUAUCAAGUGGAAAUUCGAUUUAUGUUGCAAGAUGCUUGCUCGAAGAUCCAUGUGCGCAUCGAGCUUCCAGAGCUAUUGAGCGUGUUGUCGGAAAUCUAGGCAAGACUGGGAUGGUCAUGUUGGUAUCCCCGGAAGUGCCGCAGGUGCGUCCGAUUUCCGACAAUGUUCGACUGGUCAACCAUCAUCCCUUCGAUGGGAACGAGGAGGACUGCUUCGGCUCUACUACUCUCCACCUUUCCUUCACAGAAUGGCAACUCCCAAUGGAUGUUGGGUCGAGAGGAAAUCGAGACGUCGAAGCCUACUACCUUGAAGCAGCUGUCGGAGUGUACGAUCGCGGCAAAUGGGUAGCGGACCUCAACAUCCUCGACGUUUUCAAGCACCGCUUCUCCCGGAUCAUGCCGAUGUGUACCAAGCGUCAUGAAAACCCGUUACCCCGAGAAGAACUCUGCAAGCUUGUAUCUAUCGAUAGCUGGGAAGAGCUACUUGACGGUCCACCGGAAGUCAGUGUCGUCCGCGCAAGAGGUAAUUGGCAGGCUAGACUUGCCGCUGCCGCACUGUCAAUUCAACAAGGCCAUGAGACGCGUAUAAUGACCCCGGACCAAACCUGCUGGACGUGUUGUUUGUCGCUGAAAAGCAUCCCACAAGUGGACAAGAGAGAAGCAAACGAAACUAGUGCCCAUGAUGAUGAUAUUAUAGAAGUCCCAGCAGAUGCAUUUGAUGAGGAGCCAUCUGACAGUGAAACAGAUGAAGUUGUUCAGGCGUCCUUCAGGCGGCAUGAGAACAGGAAUAAGGGUGCGGACGAUCGUAGCUCAGGAGACGGCCUCGAACUUCACUACCAAUACAACAGUGCCCCACUUUCAGAUUUUAGGGGCCUACGCAGUAUGGUACACAAAGGGACUGUAGUACUAGGAUACCAGAAAGCUGCGGGCAGCAUUAGCAACUAUAUUGAAGAAUCUCAAAGUUUACCCAUUGUACCUGAACACUACCUAUAUGCCCGACACGAAGUAUCACCUCAAACACUAAAGGUCGGUGAGAAGCCAUUUGAGAAUUGGUAUAGGAAUUUAUUCGAAAAUGCAGAGAAACAGGGUGAUGAGAACGUUCAACCUAGACUUAAUCCGCUACUACUGGGUACAAAGUGCCCGCACCUACGUCCCAACUCGGGUCGUCGAUACAGCCACGUUGACUCAGUAAAAUCUUACUCGGCUCAACCUCGGCUCAAUACGCUCACGAUUGCACCGCCUCAACUCACGCUUACUCACAGUCACCUCAAACUCAAUCAUGGUCGCUCACGCUCGAAUCUGGCUGCCUUAGGCUGCUUAUGCUGCCGCUCAGUCUCACACUCGCGGUCCCGGUUCUGGGCCCCUCGGUCCCAGUUUCGGGAUCCCCUUUAUAGAGCGGCUAGAGGCGAUCUACCGCCGGGUGGUUGGAUCAUAUGUAUAAGGGUGUCCUCUCCUCUCCCCUUCCCUCUAGAAUCUUUAGUUGAUGCGGUUUUUCAAUAUCAAACCGGUCUUCUUAUUCUCUGUAGCUAUCGCGCCGAUAGUUGUCUGUCCGAGCAAUCAGGUCCGCACGUAAUGCCGACGUUUAGCCGGCUGCCGAAGUCUAGCCGGGGUCCCUCCGUGUCUUCGGCCAAGGCGAUGCCUCGGCUAAUCCUCGGGUGGAGUAAGGUGCCGACGGCACACCUUACCGCUAAGGAGCGAGCGCGCGUAUCCAAAUUCUUCUUCUUCAUUAGCUUAGUUAUAUUUUUCAAUUCAAGCGCUUCGCUCGGGACAGAUAACUCUCGCAGACCUCUCGUUGCACGUCCCUGCUCCUGGCCGUUGAAACUGUCGUUGAAUAGUAGCUCUACUGAUAGAGCUGUAUUACGACCUUACCUCGACAGACCUCUCACUGCACGUCCCUGUCGAUACGGAAGCAAGCUGAUUGAGCUGUGCUUAAAACCCUUAUGGACAGACCUCUCGAUACCUAGCAGUCGGACGCAAUUCCCGCCCGGCGCGAAUAGGGUCGGAGGCAACGAUAAGACCGAUGACUUGAAUCCGGAGACAGCUAACCUGAAGACAAAUAGCCGGGGGACGGUCGUCCUCUAG